AUGUCUUCAAUUAUAUUUUAUUACUUUUCUGUCAUUGAGUUCCCUUCAGCGGCUGCACAGGAAGCGUGGUCUUGGGAGCAGUACUUGAAGGAACAGAAGGCUAUAGCAGCACCUGUUGAACUGUUUUCCAAGGAUCAGUCCUUUCCAGAGCAUGAAAAUGGUUUUCAGAUUGGAAUGAGAUUAGAAGGCAUUGAUCCCCGACAUCCAUCUGUAUUCUGUGUGCUUUCUGUAGCUGAGGUGUGUGGUUACCGUCUAAGACUUCAUUUUGAUGGUUAUUUAAGCUGCUAUGAUUUUUGGACCAAUGCUGGUUCCCCUGACAUCCAUCCAGUAGGAUGGUGUGAAAAGACCAAACAUGAGUUGCACAUCCCUAAGGGUUAUAGAAAAGAUAAAUUUGUUUGGAUGGAUUACUUGAAGGCCUGCAAAUUGCAAAAUGCUCCCAAGAAAUUAUUCAUAAACAGAAGUUCUAAUGGACCGAUGCCUAAAGAAUUUCAGGUUGGAAUGAAGCUGGAGGCCAUCGAUAGGAAGAACCCUUCCUUGGUGUGUGUGGCGACCAUAGCAGAUAUUGUCGAAGAUCGCUUGCUAGUGCAUUUUGACAAUUGGGAUGAUUGUUAUGAUUACUGGUGUGAUGUUAAUAGUCCUUAUGUCCAGCCAGUUGGUUGGUGUCAGGAGAAUGGAAGAACUCUGAUAGCACCACAAGGUUAUCCUGAUCCAGAAAAUUUUUCCUGGACAGAAUAUCUGGAAGCUACUCAGACUAAUGCAGUUCCUGCCAAAGUUUUUAAAAUGAGGUUGCCUCAUGGUUUUCUGCCAAAUAUGAAACUUGAAGUUGUGGAUAAACGAAAUCCCAGGUUAAUUCGUGUUGCUACGAUUAUAGAUGUUGAUGACCAAAGAGUAAAGGUUCAUUUUGAUGGCUGGGACCGUAAAUAUGACUACUGGAUGGCUGCAGACAGUCCCGACCUCCACCCAACUGGGUGGUGUGAUGUAACAGGACAUCCACUGGAAGUGCCGUAUCGAGCAAAUGAUGUGAAAAUCCUUCCGAGUCAAGCUGUCUGUCCUACUCCAGGGUGCCGAGGAAUAGGCCAUAUCCGUGGUCCACGUUACUCAGGACAUCACAGUGCUUUUGGCUGCCCGUAUUCGGACAUGAACUUGAAAAAGGAGGCAACGCUUCAUGAUCGUCUGAGAGAACAAACACAGGCAAAUUUGGAAUCAGACUCUUCACAUUCAAAAUCGACAAACCUCUGUAGUUUGAACUUCAGUGGAAAACAUGAAAAGGUGAACAGUCAGCCUAGACUUGUACAGCAGGCAAAGUGUUUGAAAAUCAAAGGAAAAGAAGAUAUUGACUUGGAUAAUCUCUUCAGAGAAUACUCGGCCGAGCAGACACAGCAGGCACUUCACCAGUCGGUCUUCGUGUCAUCCAUGUCAGCCCACCCUUUCCGGGACCUUCCCCUCGGCCGGGAGCAGCACUGCAAGCUACUUCCAGGCGUGGCUGACAUCCAGGCCAGUCAAGUGGCCCAGUGGACCGUGGAGGAGGUGGCUGAGUUUGUACAGUCUCUUCUGGGCUGCGAAGAGCAUGCCAGAUGCUUCAAGAAAGAGCAGAUCGAUGGCAAAGCCUUCCUUCUUCUGACACAGACAGACAUUGUCAAAGUGAUGAAGAUCAAGCUGGGCCCAGCACUGAAGAUUUACAAUUCUAUUUUGAUGUUCAGGAAUUCGCAGGACCUCACUGAAGAAGAUACUGUCUCAGGCCAAGAAGUCAGGGGAUAA